AUGCUGGGUACCUGGGGAGUCGCUAUCCCAUCCCUGCCACUACUGUUUUCAUUACCCCAUUUCCCUCUGUCCAAUGGCAUCAGUACAUGGGCCUAUCCAAGCAGCACACGCGUCAUCAUUCCACCUGCCAAGUUACGCAGUCUGGUGUCACUCCCUCCAAUUCCCAAGGUACCUGUGGAGUUGCUAUCCCCAUUCCCUCCCACUGUCACUUUCCGUUACCCCAUUUCCCUCUGUCCACUGGCAUCGGUACAUGGGCCUAUCCAAGCAGUACACUCAUCAUCAUUCCGCCCUGUACACAGCCCUUCGGACCUGUGCUAUGAAUCCCCUUCUCUGGUUGCCAACUUAGCCCGAGUUAUGCAGUCUGGUGUCACUUCCUCCGAUCCCCAAACCACCUGUGGAGUCAAGACAAUCCCCAUCCUCCCACUACCGCUUUCUGCUACCCCAUUUACCCUCCGUCCAAUGGCAUUGGUACAUAGGCCUGUCCGACCAGCACAGCCAUCAUUCUGCGCUGUAUGCAACUGA